AUGAGAGAAGACUCUUACUGGAAGCAGAGGUCUCGCAUACUGUGGUUAAAUGAUGGUGAUCGAAAUACAAAAUUUUUCCAUACGUCUACGGCUAUUAGACGUAAUCGCAACCGCAUUUCUAGAAUUUUGGGUGACGAUGGCACUUUGUAUGAAAAACAAGAAGAUGUUGAAAGAGUUUUCAAUGACUACUUCUCGAAGCUUUUUGCCUUUGAUGGCAGCCGUACAUGGAAUGGUGUAUUGGAUUGUAUACACCCUAUUGUUAACGAUGAUUGGAACCGUGAGCUUUGUAGACCUAUUGAGCUUGAGGAGGUAAAAGAUGCUGUUAUCCAACUGGGCUCUCUCAAAGCCCCGGGUCCUGACUGA